CUGGCCACACUGCUCUAGUUUAGCCGACUGUGAGGAGGUAAAUAAAGUCCCAGGCUGACCUACACGUGAAUUUCUCUGCUGCGACACACCCCCUCGUCCCUCUCUCCACCAAUCCCUAACACGGAUCCCUGUAGCAUACGACAAAUUCAGCAAUUGGGAGAUGGUUCAGUUGUACUUCAAACGAGGAGAUGAUAGUCAGUUUCUCUUCAAUACUACAGUGGAUGUGUCGAUUGAGACAUUGACCCAGCAGGUCUGCGCCAUCUAUAAUGGAAGAUUAAAAGUGGACAGGAUCUGCUCUAUGUUUCAGAAGGAUGAGCUUGGAUGUCGAAAUGGACAUGCUCCGAACAAGAAGAUGAAAGAAGUUUUAAGGAAAACAGUGUAUGAAUCAAAAAAACAAGAGAAAGCAAAUGUAUGCGUUACCUUGGAUUUGGUCAAAGAGGCUUUGGAUCAGUUGCGGGGAGCUGUGAUGAUAGUUUACCCAAUUGGGCUGCCUCCACAUGAUCCAAUAAGGAUGGAGUUUGAAAAUCAAGAGGAUCUAACUGGAACACAGGCCUCAUUACUGGUGAUCCCAGAAGAAGAGGCUCAGCUGUGGUCGGCAUCUAAAGAACUGUAGAGGGGCAAAAAGCUGCAGGAUUAUGUUGGAAAAAAGGAGAAAAUGAAAAUUAUUGCAAAAAGUCAGAAAAGAGGCCAGGGUGCACCAGCUCGAGAGUGUGAAGAGGAUCAAAAAAAGAUGAUGCUGCACUAUUACAAGAAGCAGGAAGAACUAAAAAAACUAGAAGAGGCAGAUGAUGACUCAUAUCUUCAGUCUGAUUGGUCGGACAGACAGGCCCUAAAAAGACAGUUCCAGGGACUCACAAAUAUCAAAUGGGGCCCAAGAUAGAUGAACAAAGAAAAUCACAGCUGAUCUACAGCUGCUCUCAAUUUGACAAAUACACUACUGCUCUAUACACUACUGCUGCUGUUUUUAUGCCAUUUGGUGCAUUCGUUACAUAUGAAAGGUAUUUAUGUGACAGUUUGCAAAUGCAAAGCGUGAGACGUCAGAUUUCCCUGCUCUUCAUUGGCAGAAGGAUGCAACACCUUUCUUCUCCUCUAUUUGUCUGUGCCUCUGCCAGUUACUCAGUAUAAACCUGAUGCUGUUUAAACACAGGAUGUCGGUGUGCAGCUCCUAGGAUGACUGUUACACCGCAGAGUUCAUUUGGAGAGAGUUGAGAAGGAAUUCCAGAACAUUUUGGAAUCCUUAAGGCAAAAUCGAGGUUACAGUAUCGGGAGGUGUGGUUUCACUGGAAAAGUUGGGUGCGAUGUCGUGUAAUUAAAGUACUUUCUGUUUGUGUUCAUUUUAUUUCCAUUCUAUGAUUUAAUCUUUAAAUACAUUUAAUGUAACAUUUUUAACAGUCUUCUCAAUUUGAAUUGAUUUCAAUACCACAUAUAUUAUUCAUCCAGUGUUUAAUAAAGAAAUAAUUUAUGAAAUA